AUGGACUUGAAUCAAAGAAAGGAAAAAAAGGGCCAGCAUGUUGGAUGCUGUGGCUCCAGGACAGACCUGUCUGCUGACACAGUGGAACUGAUAGAAAGAAUGGACAGAUUGGCUGAAAAUCAGGCGACAGCUUCCAUGUCGAUCGUUGCGUUACCGUCUAGCUUCCAGGAGAGCAAUAGCAGUGACAGGUGCAGAAAGUAUUGCAGCAGUGAUGAGGACAGCGACACGUGCAUUCAUGGUAGUGCUAAUGCCAGUACCAAUGCGACUACCAACUCCAGCACUAAUGCUACUACCACUGCCAGCAUCAACGUCAGGACUAGUGCGACUACCACUGCCAGCAUCAACGUCAGGACUAGUGCGACUACCACUGAAAGUACCAACUCCAACACUAAUGCUACUACCACUGAAAGUACCAACUCCAGCACUAAUGCUACUACCACUGCCAGCAUCAACGUCAGGACUAGUGCGACUACCACUGAAAGUACCAACUCCAGCACUAAUGCUACUACCACUGCCAGCAUCAACGUCAGGACUAGUGCGACUACCACUGAAAGUACCAACUCCAGCACUAAUGCUACUACCACUGCCAGCAUCAACGUCAGGACUAGUGCGACUACCACUGAAAGUACCAACUCCAACACUAAUGCCAGUACCAAUGCGACUACCAACUCCAGCACUAAUGCUACUACCACUGCCAGCACCAACGUCAGGACUAGUGCUACUACCAAUGCGACUACCAACUCCAGCACUAAUGCUACUACCACUGCCAGCACCAACGUCAGGACUAGUGCUACUACCACUGCCAGCACCAACGUCAGGACUAGUGCUACUACCACUGCCAGCAUCAACGUCAGGACUAGUGCUACUACCACUGAAAGUAUCAACUCUAGCACUAAUGCUACUACCACUGAAAGUACCAACUCCAACACUAGUGCUACUACCACCGAAAGUACCGACUCCAACACUAAUGCUACUACCACUGCUAGCAUCAACGUCAGGACUAGUGCGACUACCACUGAAAGUACCAACUCCAACACUAGUGCUACUACCACCGAAAGUACCGACUCCAACACUAGUGCUACUACCACUGCUAGCACCAACUCCAGCACUAAUGCCACUACCACUGCUAGCACCAACUCCAGCACUAAUGCCACUACCACUGAAAGUACCAACGCUAGUGCCAAGGAGGACGCCAAUAAAGAUGGCAAUGCUGAGGAUAAUAGAUUCCAUCCAGUCACCGACAUUAACAAAGAGUCGUAUAAGCGGAAAGGGAGUCAAAUGGUUUUCCUAGAGAGAAAGAAACUGAAAGCACAAUUUCCCAAUACUUCCGAGAAUAUGAAUGUCUUACAGUUUCUUGGAUUUCGGUCUGACGAAAUUAAACAUCUUUUCCUCUAUGGUAUUGACAUAUACUUCUGCCCAGAGGGAGUAUUCACACAAUACGGAUUAUGCAAGGGCUGUCAAAAGAUGUUCGGGCUCUGUGUCUGUUGGGCUGGCCAGAAAGUAUCGUAUCGGAGGAUAGCUUGGGAAGCACUAGCUGUGGAGAGAAUGCUGCGAAAUGAUGAGGAAUACAAAGAAUACUUGGAAGACAUCGAGCCAUAUCAUGGGGACCCUGUAGGAUAUUUGAAAUAUUUUAGCGUAAAAAGGAGAGAGAUCUACUCUCAGAUACAGAGAAAUUAUGCUUGGUACCUGGCCAUUACUAGAAGAAGAGAAACAAUUAGUGUAUUGGAUUCGACAAGAGGCAAGCAAGGGAGCCAAGUUUUCCGCAUGUCUGGAAGGCAGAUCAAAGAGUUGUAUUAUAAAGUAUGGAGCAACUUGCGUGAAUCGAAGACAGAGGUGCUGCAGUACUUUUUGAACUGGGACGAAAAAAAGUGCCGGGAAGAAUGGGAGGCAAAAGACGAUACGGUCUUUGUGGAAGCGCUCGAGAAAGUUGGAGUUUUUCAGCGUUUGCGUUCCAUGACGAGCGCUGGACUGCAGGGUCCGCAGUACGUCAAGCUGCAGUUUAGCAGGCAUCAUCGACAGUUGAGGAGCAGAUAUGAAUUAAGUCUAGGAAUGCACUUGCGAGAUCAGCUUGCGCUGGGAGUUACCCCAUCUAAAGUGCCGCAUUGGACGGCAUUCCUGUCGAUGCUGAUAGGGCUGUUCUACAAUAAAACAUUUCGGCAGAAACUGGAAUAUCUUUUGGAGCAGAUUUCGGAGAUGUGGUUGUUACCACAUUGGCUUGAUUUGGCAAACGUUGAAGUUCUCGCUGCAGAUAACACGAGGGUACCACUGUACAUGCUGAUGGUAGCGGUUCACAAAGAGCUGGAUAGCGAUGAUGUUCCAGACGGUAGAUUUGAUAUAAUAUUACUAUGUAGAGAUUCGAGCAGAGAAGUUGGAGAGUGA